GUUGUCUGUGGUUUAUGCUGGAAAGUGACUUGUGGGCUUCUGAUUUGGUACCUUUCCUUCUUUUAAAGCUUAGGCAAUGCUCAAAUGGAGCUGGCCUUAUGAUUUGCCUUAAGUGCAUUAGAGGACCCCAUAGCUUAUCAUCUUGCAAAAUUUUGGAUUUUAUAUGAUUGGAUUACCCUAUAGCAUAGCUCUUUGCAUAGUGUGGGCUCAGUUUCCAAACAAAUUUCAGAAGGUGACUUGUCUUCAAUCCUUUUUGGUAUUGCUGUUGAAAAUGAACCACCAGCUCAUUACCUUCUUGCAAGGAGAGGAGCAAUGGAGGACAUGAUCUACAAGGGGAGCGUCCUUCGGAUUAAGAAGUGUGCAUUUGAUUUCCUUUCAUUGGAGGAGGAUCUGAUAGAUGAUGAUGAUGACUCAUGGGAGCUGAUGGGAAGAGAUCUCCGGCUUAAAUCGACCUUUUUAUACUGUGAUCUCAACCAUGUUAUCUCAAAUUCUCAUGACGAGCACAAGAAGACUCUCACUGAUCUUGGCAAUAAGUUGUUCUACUUCAUGGAAGAGCUGGAUCAGGCAGUGAAGAGCAGAAGCAUCUCUCUAAUACAGAUCCAUUACAAUGAUGCAGCUCAUGUGUUGCAGGAAGUGAUCAUGUCACUUCAUUAGAUCCAAAGUGGACUUUAAAACAGAACUGUUAUCCGAGGAAGUGAGAGAGAAAUGACCUCCCAAGUAGUUUCCUCUUUUCCUUUGUUUUAUUUCUCUUUUCUCUGUAAAAAAAAUGAGGGGAAAAAAAAAAGAAGGGCAUAUGGUACCUUCAUGUAAAUAGUGACUGCAUCAACGAAAGCAAAUGAUCUUACUCUCUUU